AACUCAGUCCUGUUUCACAGCAACAUUACAUUACUUUCACUCACACUUCAUCACUACAAGCCAAUCCUCUCUUAGCUUUCCUCUCUCUCUCUCUCUCUCAGCAUUCCUUUCAGCCACUAAGAAGAAAUGGCCGAAGCAAUCCUCUUUGGUCUUGCACAGAAAAUGAUUGAAAAUCUGGGCUCUCAGACUUUCCAAGAGUUUGGAUCACUCUGGGGUGUCGAAGGUGAGCUUGAAAAACUCAAGGACACUGUUUCCACAAUCCAAGCUGUACUUCAGGAUGCAGCGGAGCAGCAAAGUCAUAACCAUCAAGUCAAGCACUGGCUCGAAAAGCUCAACGAUGCAGUUUAUGACGCAGAUGACCUGUUGAGUGAGUUUUCAACUGAAGCUACAAGGCGUAGCAUGGUGAGUGGGAAUAAAGUCGCCAAAGAGGUACGCACUUGCUUUUCAUGUUCAAACCCACUUGCUUUUCGUUAUAAGAUGAGUCGCAAAAUAAAGGCAAUGAGGCAAAAACUAAAUGCGGUAGCAGAAAACAGGAAAAACUUUCACCUGAAAGAAUUCCAUGGAGAGACAAAUGUUGUGAGAAGGAAGAGGGAUCCAACUCACUCAUUUGUACCUAAAGAAAAAGUUAUUGGGAGGGAAGAUGAUAGAGAGGCUAUCAUAGACCUAUUAUUUGACUCUAAUGUAGAAGAGAAUGUUUCGGUCAUUCCCAUUGUGGGGAUCGGGGGCUUAGGGAAGACAACACUUGCUCAAUAUGUGUAUAAUGAUGAGAAAGUCGAAAAUUAUUUUGAGUUAAAAAUGUGGGUAUGCAUUUCCGAUGUCUUUGAGUUGAAAAUAAUUAUUGAAAAGAUAAUAGGUAAUGCACCUGGAAAUCUGGAAAUGGAUGAAUUGCAAAGGCAACUUCGUCAAAAAAUUGAUCAAAAAAAAUACUUACUAGUAUUGGAUGAUGUAUGGAAUGAAGACCGUGGAAAAUGGCUAAACUUGAUAGAUAUUUUAAUGGGUGGUUCAAAAGGAAGUAAGAUUAUAAUAACCACUCGUAGUAGAUUGGUUGCAAGGAUUACACACACAGUUUCACCAUAUAUUCUUAAAGGUCUCUCCGAAGAUCGGUCAUGGUUUUUAUUUGAGCAAGUGGCAUUUAGUAAAGGGCAAGUGACCAAUAAUUCUACAUUAGUUACAAUUGGAAAGGAGAUUGUAAAAAUAUGUCAAGGGGUACCCCUUGCCAUAAUGUCCAUAGGACAUGUGUUAUAUUGUAAAGAAACAGAUUCUGAAUGGUUACUCGUGAAGAAUAAUUUACUAGCAAAUGUAAUUGAAGGAAAUGAGAUUUUUCCAAUUUUAAAGUUGAGUUAUGACAAUCUCCCAUCACAUUUAAAGAGUUGUUUUGCUUAUUGCUCUUUGUUUCCCAAAGAUUAUGAGAUGAAUAAGGAAACAGUGAUACAACUAUGGAUAGCACAAGGGUUUGUCCAAUCAUCAAACAAAAAUCAACAAUUAGAGGAUGUUGGUGGUGAGUAUUUCAAGGAUUUACUUUGGAGGUCCUUCUUUGAAGAAGUAAAGACUUACGAAGGCUUAAGAUACAAGAUGCAUGAUUUAAUUCAUGAUCUUGCACAAGCUGUUGCAAGCGAGGAGUGCAAGCUUGUUAGUUUUGAUGGCAAAGAUAUUAAUGAAAAAAAUCGUCAUGUAUCAUGUCCAUUUUAUAUUAAUCCAUCUUUUACGGAAACUUUAAGCUUGUUGGUUAAAGCAAUCAAGGUACGUACAUUUCUUCUUACAUAUGAUAACCGAUUUUCUGGUGCCUUGGAGGAGUCAAUGUUGAAUACAAUUAUUUUGAGUUUCAAGAGCUUGUGUGCAUUAGAUUUACAUGCAUUGGAGAUUACAUCAAUACCAAAUUCUAUAGGGAAGUUAAUACAUCUAAAGUAUCUUGAUGUUUCUUUUAAUAAGGAUAUCGAAACUCUCCCUGAGUCAAUUGCUACAUUGUUGAAUUUGCAAGUACUAAAACUUUAUGGUUGUAAAGGUCUUAAAGAAUUACCCAAAAAGUUUAGAGAAUUGGUUAACCUCAAACAUCUUUAUAAUCAUGGUUGUGAUAAUUUGAGUCAUAUGCCUUGUGGAUUAGGGCAAAUGACUUCACUUCAAACAUUACCAAUAUUCAUUGUGAGCACCUCCUCCGACACUGGUGGAUUAGGCGAAUUGAAGGAGCUAAACAACCUGCGAGGAACAUUAGAGAUCUCACAUUUGGAACGGUUGGAAGAAACUAACUCAGAAUCCAUUGUUGUGAAUUUAAGGGAGAAGCAACAUCUUGAAAAAUUGAUAUUAAAAUGGUAUCAUCAAGAUCAAGUAGAUAAUAAUGAAGAUGAGAAGUUAUUAGAAGACCUCCAGCCACACCAAAAUCUCAAACAUUUGGCAGUGCAUCAGUACAAGGGUGUGAAAUUUUCAAGUUGGGUCUCUUCUCUCACAAAUCUUGUUGAUUUAAGGAUAAAGAAUUGUAAGAGAUGCCGAUAUCUGCCACCAUUGUCUCAUCUCCCCUCUUUAAAAUCUCUAAGCCUUGAUACGAUGAAUGAUUUGGAGUACAUAUCCGAUAAUGAUAUGAGUAAAGAGGUGCCUGCUUCAUCCACAACAUUAUCAACACCGUUCUUCCCAUCUCUGAAGUCACUCACAAUAGGAGAAUGUCGUAAUUUGAAGGGAUGGUGGGGGAGAACAGGGAGGGAUUUAGUUGCAACAACAUCUGCGUCAACACCAGAUCAUCAACAAGAUCAGUCUCACAACUCACUGCCUUUAUUUCCUCUUCUUUCUUAUUUGCGGAUUAUUAAUUGCCCUGAAAUGACUUCCAUGCCCCUGUUUCCCAAUCUCGAAGAAUCUCUAUAUUUAAAGAAUGUCAGUUUGAGGCCUUUGCAAGAGACAAUGUCAGUUCCCUCCUCUUCAUUAUCCUCUUCUUCUCCUCUCUCCAAAUUAAAUCAUAUGAAUUUGGAUUCUAUAGAAGAUAUAGAGUCUCUUCCGGCUGAGUGGGCACUACAUUCUCUCAAAGAACUAUAUAUUGGGAAUUGCCCUAGACUAACAUCUAUGUCUGGAGCGGUGCGUAAUCUCACCUCCCUCUGUUCGCUAUCAAUUGUCAUUUGCGAGGAGUUCGAUCCAUUCAGAGACAUGCAUGAUGAUGGCAUGGAAUGGCGAUGCCUCAAUUGUCUCCGUGAUUUACGUUUCGAAGGUAUUCCGAAACUGAAGUCUCUCCCUGUGGGUCUUCAAUGUAUUUCCACCCUAAAAGAGCUCCGCAUUCCAAACUGUCCAAAUUUAAUGACUUUGCCGGAACUUACCUCACUUGAAUAUCUUUGGAUUAAAAGAUGCGAGCCUAAUCUGACAUCACUUCUUGAGAUUAGUUGUCUCACUUCUUUACGGUGGCUGUCAAUUGCAGACUUACCCAAUUUGAUUACUUUCCCCGAAUCAAUUAGGAAUCCAAUCUCACUUGAAACGCUUUCCAUUUACAACUGUCCCAAUCUCACAACACUACCCGAUGAUGGUUUUCUCAAGUCUUUACAAAAACUGAGAAUUGUUGAUUGUCCUCGGUUAGCUGAAAAAUACAAAAAUAAAAUCGAAAAGGAUUUCCCUAAUUUGGAAAUCAAAUGGAACCGGUCGUGAGACCACACCAGCAAACAGCUCUACUUUGUCACCGUCAAUGGCCACUCCCCUCUUUCACUUGUUAACAGCUUCAUGGAGAUAAUUAUUUGAAGAAUUUGAACAAGUUUCUGGGGCAAUAUGGUCAUGGGAUAAAUCACUUGGAUAGUUUCAAGAUUUGGGAAGUUGAUGCAGCUAAGAAUGAAUUGGAAACACAGAAUGAAAGGAGGUGUAUGUAUCUGGGCAUAUUCAGAACCAUAUGAAAAAGUGCAACAAGUCAACAGCUAAGGCGAAAUACACUCGGGAAGGCAGUACUCAAUUCCAAGCCCUUAACUUAUUCAAAAAAGCUACACUCUCUUGUUGUUUGAUGGUCAGGGGAAGCAUUUGGAACCCCAUUUUCUUUCUUCGGAGCUGUUUCUUUUCCUGUCCCUCGCCCUGGCAUAGUGCUUUGCUUCCGGUACUUCGGAAAAAUCAACUGACUUCCACCCUUGUCAUAUAUUCCAUACAUCACACUAAAUAGAUUGAAGUCUGGCACUUGUUGAUAUUUUGAUAACAUCUGGUGAGAGAUCAUUAUUUGACAACCACCAUCUAGGAAGCGGUUUUAUAUUCAGGCAGAAAUUGGAGGGAAAUGGUCCAAGACUGCUCGAAUCCUUAAUUGAAUGUAUUUCAGAAGGAUGUUUUGGUCCACUAUUACUACAGUAUAUGGAAUAUAAAAACAGACCAGAGUUUGUGAUCUCCAAAGCGAGUCGAUACUCCAAUUAUGUAGUUUGGCAUGGAUAAAGAUCACAACUAGGUGUUAACAGAAGGGUUGUUCCAUUUCAAGAAUGGCUUCAUUAUGCUCGCAGCUGAUUCCUUGGAUAUUUGACAACUUUUUAAUGAAGCUAUUGAAAAUUUUCAACCUAAACAGGAACUUUGAAUUUGGAAACAGACAGUUUUUAGUGAAUUUACAGCAACCACAAGAAGAUAAAUAGGUUGAAUCAGACGAAGACUGUACCUUGGUGUUAGCAACAAGAUUACUGCCUAUCUUCAGUUAAAGUUCAAUUUCAGGGUGACUGGUUCUUAGACUUUUCAGCCACCCUUUGUGAAACCUAAGCUGAUUGCAAACAUUUAUCUUAGUGUAAUUGUUUCAAUAACAAAACAAGCUUGUGAUGAAUUUUUUUUUUUUUUUUAAUGCUUUUCAAAUUGGAACCCUUUUACCAAUAUACAUAGCUGUACUUUAAAGCAUCCAUAUGAACUUAAUUAUAAGAACUAUCUUGAGAAAUAUUUUAUAGGGAUUAAACAUCUAGAAUAUGCCAAUUAUCAAGAAGAAUCAGAUAAUCUGAAGAAAUUUCUGUGGAAAUCUGAUGAUGGGAUGUAUUGCUUGGAUAGUUUCAGGAUUUGAGAAGCUGAUGCAGCUAAGUUCUUGAGGCUGGAGAUGGAGUAUUUGAGGUACGUCCUACCUUGGCCGACACUCAUCUAGGAGGUGAUGAUUUCAACAAGGCAAGCUCUACAACGUCUCAUGGAGACUGCUGAGAAAGCAAGGAUGGAGCUGUCAUCUCUGACUCAAACCAAUAAUAUUAGGUAUGUGGCUGUUUCUAUGCCUUCUUUCUUUAAGUUGAUCUCUCUCUCUUUGCCAUAAUCACAGAGAAAAACAUUUGCUUUUCCAAUUUACCUUUCAUUAUCGCCAUUCGGAUGGCCCAAAACACAUUGACACCAUGCUGACUAGUGUCAAAUUUGAAGAACUGUGUUCAGAUUUAUUAGACAGUCUAAUUGCGUGCUUAAGUUCUCUGGAUUACAACUCAUAAGCUUUAAGCACCAGUUGAAACUUCCUUGAGAGAUGCAAAGCUUUCCAAAGAUAUGGAUGUAAUUCAACUUGUAUCCCAGCUGUUUAGGAGCUGAAAAAUAUGGAUGAAGUUUUUGUUCUUGGGGCUGUAGUUCAGAAGGACUUGAAACUUUGGGUGGUGUCAACUUCACCAACUUCCAAAUCAGAGGUGUUCUCCACCGCAGCAGAUGGACAGACCAGUGAAGAGAUUAAUGUCUAUCAGGGUGAGAAAGAGUUUGUGAGGGACAACCAGUGCUAGCACCAUGCCAAGUGAUGGGGUGGAUAGGAUGGUUAAAGAAGCUGAAAAUUUUGCAAAAGGAAGACAAGGAAAAGAGGGAUGCCAUAGACACAAGGAAUCUAGCUGACUCAGUUUUGUACCAAACUAGAAGCAACUAAAAGAGCUGGGAGACAAUGUUCUUAGCUAGACAAGUAGAAUGUAGAGGCUAAAGUGAAUGAGGUCAUGGAUGCCAUCUUUGGUGGUUCUACCCAAGCCAUUAAAGAUGCAAUGGCUGUCCUGAAUCAAGAAAUUAUGUAACUGCGGUAGUCAAUGUUAAUGUGAAUUUGAAUUGGUUCAGAACCUUAGGAACAAGUACAACGAGUCCAUGGCUUAAGGUAAUAUCAAUAACAUUCUAGUGACAACUACCCUCUAGGAAGCUAUUUUAUAUUCAGAAGCGCUGUGAUGGAUUUUACUUUAAGCACACUAUUUGGAUACAAAGAUAGGAUCAAUAAAAUGAAAAUAUAGAGUCUACUUGCCCGCUUAAGUUCACUGGAUUACAACUGCAAUUAACAUUCUCAUAGGCUUUGAGCACCAGUUGAAACUUCCUUAAGAGAUACAAAGCUUUACUUCAAAGAUAUCGAUGAGAAUGAAAGGAUGUGUAUAUAUUAGAGGCAUAUUCAGAACCAUAUGAACAAGUGCAACAAGUCAACAGCUAAGACUGGUGUUUUUUAGCUGGAGAAGUUAUUGACAUUGUCCUCUUGGAUGUCUCACCGUGGAAGGACUUGAAACUUUGGGUGGUGUAAUGACAAAGAUUAUCCCAAGGAACACAACUUCACCAACUUUCAAAUCAGCAGAGGUGUUCUCCAGCACAGCAGAUGGACAGAUCAGUGAAGAGAUUAAUGUCUAUCAGGGUGAAAGAGAGGUAUUUAUCUCUCUGAAAAAAGGGUGAGAGAGAGAUCAUGAGGGGCAACAAAUCCCUUGGAAGCUUGUGCUUAAGACACCAAAACAGGUGCUAGCACCAUCACACCAUGCCAAGUGAUGAGGUGGAUAGGAUGGUUAAAGAAGCUGAAAAUUUUGCAAAAGGAAGACAAGGAAAAGAGGGAUGCUGUAGACACAAAGAAUCAAGCUGACUUAGUUUUGUACCAAACUAGAAGCAACUAAAAGAGCUGGAAGAAAAUGUUCCUAGCUAGACAAGGAGAAUGUAGAGGCUAAAAGGUCAUGGAUGCCAUCUCUGGUGGUUCUACCCAAGCCAUUAAAGAUUCAAUGGCUGUCCUGAAUCAGGAAAUUAUGUAACUAUGGUAGUCAAUGUUGAUGUUUAGCUUUUAUCGGAUUGACUUCUUUGCAUGGACGGCCACUAUUGUGUAGCCUUGAAUUAUGUUAUAGUUGAGAGAGAACUCUUUGAUAUAGAGUUAUUUGGGUGUAUUGGGGUUUGGGUUUGUGAGAGUGGGUCUACACCACUUUUGUACUCUCCAUAUUUAUUAGUGAAACUUUCUCCUUGUUGCCGCCCGUGGAUGUAGGCCAAAGGCCGAACCACGUAAA